GCGACAAACCUUUUCAUCUAAGAAGGAAUAAGGAGACGAGGUUUCUCUCCCUUCUCUCUCUGAGCUGCCAACCAUCGUUGCCGGAGAUUUAGAGCUUGCUGUGAAGAUUGUGACAAGAGUAAUAUACACAUACGUGUAUUAGAGAGGGGACAAGGAAAGAGAUUUGGGAGAUGCGAGUACGCAUCGAUUGUGUCGGAACGGCUAACUCGCUUGACCUAGGGUUUCGUCUUACUCGUGCUUCGUGGACCUUGUCAAAUGGGAGAGAGAACCUUAUUGCCUCGUAACGGUGUUGUAUAUAUUCGGAGUUGUCAUAAGUAAAGCAGUUAUGACGCUUGAGGAUUUCUUUACCCUAACAGAAAUAAAAGAUGGACUCACGGUCACUUCUCGUGUUGAAGAGCUCGUGUCUGUCAUGCAGAGUAGUAAAGAUUCAGUUUUGAAGAAUAAUAAUGGCGAUGUUUCUAGACAGUGGACAGCUGUUGGAAGCGCAAUUGCGGCUACAAAGAACAGAGAAUGUCUUGAUGUUUUUGUAAAUUUAGAUGGGCUCCUUUACUUUAGUGGCUGGCUAGCUGAAGCUCAGAUGUUGGCUAAGGAUUCAGUUGACGGAUCUAUAGAGGAGUCAAUUCUUGCUUUGUUAGAAGCUAUUGAAAAUCUAGGUGUAGACAGUUCCAAGUUAGUUUCUUCUGGGAUAUGGGUUGCUGUCAAGAAGCUUGUUGACCAUGGUAGUUCUCGGGUUCAAGAUAAGGCGAGAAAUUUCUUUGGUAGCUUGAAGGAUAAAGAUGUUAAUGACCACUCUGAACGUGACAUUGAAAGCUGUAACAAAAUCCAUGAAGAUGAGAUGAGAGUUGUAGCAGCCAGCACGCAGAGCAGUGGGCAAAAAUCUGCUGUUACUCUUUGUUCUACGCAAAGCAAUAAUGAAAAACAUUGUCCUGAAAUAGCUGAUGAAGCCUUGCUGUCAGGGAGCUCAGCAGAAAACAACCCAGGUCAUGAUAAGGGUUUGGAACUACAGAACGAAAAGGAAAGGUUCGACUCUAAUGUGACUGAAACUUUCAACANUCCUAUGUCGGCUUCACAUUCUCUCUCAUCUUCUGGAAUGCCUGCAGCAGCACCGUUGCAAUUGGAAAGAUCUCUUAGCGGGANGUGA